CUUUUGGAACGCAGCCCAUGUGUCAUCGACAAUCAGCUGAUAUUGUUUGCCGUGAAAAAUUUGGCAUCUUCCUUCGAUAACACGUGCAUCAAAUAGAUCUAUAGUUCUCGAAAACUUUUACGAUGCUGCAAACUAUUCGAUUGUACUUAUUGAUACAAUAAUUGUUACGUUUAGCCUAUAUACAUAAUUUAUCUCGCUAUAAAAUCGUAGAUUUGCCUACAGUCAAAAUGACGUCGAUGUUUGACCAGUACGAGCAAGCCUCUCAGCGUUCCAAGCAAGUGUUAGCACCACCUAUUCGUCCAGAUAUUAGUACAGCUGGUUUUAUUCAAAUGAAGUUGCAAGACGAUGGCCCGAUAUUUACCAAGCAGAAAGUCAAUUUUCUGCCAUCUGACAAAAUUCUUUACCUAGUUGUCAGUAGUAACACUAUUGUGAUUGCUAUGGCUAAUAAUAUUUUGCUGCGCAUUGACAUGAAACAACCUGACAAAACUGAAGAAAUUGACAUAUCCAAGUACGCAUUGAGCAUGAAAAUAUCCAGCCUGUUUCUGGAUCCGUUGGGUCAUCAUUUGUUGAUAACUCUGGUGCCGAAACACGGGGACAAUCCGCCUCCAGAGUUGUUCUAUCUGCACAGGAAGACGACAAAGUUGAAGCAAGCUGGCAAGUUCAAGGGUCAUGAGAUUACAGCAGUGGGCUGGAAUUUUUCGAACAUUUCGGAAACGAACACCGGCCCGAUUCUGCUGGGCACCGCUAAGGGCUUGAUUUUCGAAACGGAGAUUGGUUUGGAGACUGAGAAGAUUUUUAAUACGAGUCUGGAACAAUAUUGGCGUCAGCUUCCAAAUUAUUUGCCUCUUUAUGGUUCUAAAGAGGCAGGGGGAUUGGUAUUUGACAUAGGGAAGAAUAGUAAGCCUCCAAUCACCGGACUAGAGUUCCACAAAAUUCCGAACUCUGAUAAAUAUGUGAUUAUUGUGACCACUCUUAUGCGCAUUUAUCAAUACAUUGGUGCCAUUGGCAACCCCGAAGAGAAGCCUCUUUUGCAGCAAGUGUUCUAUAGAUACUUAAACGCACAAGAAACAUUUAACGAGGUAAUAAAUUCGUUGCCGUAUUCAAAGAUGCAAUUUUAUUAUCCAUCCCUGGGCAUCCUGCCGAAGUCGUUUGGAUGGCUGACAGAAGCUGGUAUCCUAUAUGCUCAGGUGGAUGCAAAGCCAGAUACAAACAACGUUCUGAUUAAUCAACGGAUGUUAACCUGUCCCGAAACGAGUCUCAUGGGCAGUAACGUUCCGCGAACUAUCUCGAUGCCGUUAUCUUUUGUGCUAACUGAAUUUCAUGCGCUGCUACUGUACCCGGAUCAUGUAAAGGGCAUAUCGCUUCUGAAUCAGGAAUUAAUAUUUGAAGAUAUUUAUAACGAUGCAGUUGGUAAAUUGAUUGGCAUUACCAAGGAUCCGGCAACGAGAUCGAUUUGGGCUUUCAGCGAGCGAGCUGUUUUCAAGUAUAAAGUGACGAAGGAAGAUAGGAAUGUUUGGCAGGUAUAUGUUGAUAAAGGUGAAUUUGAGUUGGCUAAGCAGUAUUGCAAAGACAACCCGGCUCAUAUCGAUCAAGUGCUCGUGAAACAGGCGGAAAUGCUCUUCAAGAACAAAGAAUACGAAAAGAGUGCACUAAUAUAUGCCGACACCCAUUCGUCUUUCGAGGAGGUUUCAUUGAAAUUUUUGCAAGAGUGGCAAAUCGAAGCUUUGAAAACAUUUCUGCGCAAGAAACUCGAUGGCUUGAAGACGCAAGACAAGACACAGAUUACAAUGAUUGUCAUUUGGGUGACGGAACUGUUUAUGAAUCAAAUGGGAGCUCUACGUAGUAGCAAUACGUCCUAUCUUCAUGAUUCACAAUAUAUGGAGUUGCAGAAGCAAUUUGAUAGCUUCCUCACUAUUCCUAAAGUUGAGGAAUGUAUCAAAAGAAAUCGCAGUACUAUAUAUGACUUAAUGGCCAGUCACGGGGACAAAGACAAUCUGAUACGUCUGACAAUAAUGCAUUGCAAUUACGAGGAGGUGAUACGUCAGCACCUGUACAAGAAUAACUACUUGGAGGCGCUUGGGGUGCUCAAGAGUCAAAACAAUAAAGAUCUUUUCUAUCAAUUUGCUGGGAUACUGUUACAGGAAUUGCCGCGGCCUACGGUGGCCGUCUUAAUCUCACAAGGAUCGUUGUUGAAGCCGGCGAAACUUCUGCCAGCUUUGGUUUCGUGCGACAGCGAUGAGAAGCACGCAAAAGAAAUUAUUAAAUAUUUGGAGUUUUGCGUGUAUAAGCAGGGUUCUCAAGAACAAGCGAUUCAUAACUUUCUUUUGUCUCUGUACGCGCGUUAUAAACAGGACGAAGUGAUGCGAUACAUAAGCUCUCAAGGUCAGGAUGUCAGUAUGGUGCACUACGACGUACAUUACGCGCUGCGAUUGUGUCAGGAAGUAGGCCUAACAGAAGCCUGCGUACAACUAUCGGCUUUGCUUGGUUUAUGGACCACUGCUGUGGAUCUCGCGCUUACGAUUAGUGUAGAUCUUGCUAAGCAGAUUGCUGCUAUGCCAUCUGAUCAUGAUGACGAGUUGAGAAAAAAAUUGUGGUUAAAGAUAGCGGAGCACGUAGUACGAGAAAAAGAUGAUAUACAGCAAGCAAUGGAGUUUUUGCAACAUUGUGAUUUAGUCAGGAUAGAAGAUAUUUUACCCUUUUUCUCUGAUUUCGUCACGAUCGAUCAUUUCAAGCAAGCUAUUUGCAAUUCUCUGCAGGAGUAUAAUCAACACAUUCAAGAUCUGAAGGAAGAAAUGCAAGAAGCAACGAAAGCAGCAGAGCUAAUACGAAAAGACAUUCAAACUUUCAGAACCAGAUGCACCUUUGUGCAUGCGCGGGAUACGUGUAAUACAUGUGAGGUGCAAUUGUUGCUGAGGCCUUUCUAUGUAUUUCCCUGUGGUCAUAAGUUUCAUAGCGAUUGUUUAGUAGCAGCAUUAACGCCGAUGUUAUCGAUGGAUCAGAGGACGAAACUGGCGGAUCUUCAGCGUCAGCUCACGGCCGUCUCGAACCGGCCCGAAGACACCACGUCCACAACCUCCGUAUCGUUAUCCACAAGGGACCAAAUCAAGGCCGAUAUCGAUGAUUUGGUCGCCGCGGAGUGCCUCUAUUGUGGAGAACUUAUGAUAGAGUCAAUAGAUAAGCCAUUCAUUGAAGAAAAGGAUUACGAACGUGUAAUGAAGGAAUGGAUGUAAUGAAGAUUCUCUGCUGCUGAAAAUGUGAUAGAGUAUGCUUAUCUUUUCUUUUUUUUUUAAGAAAUUUAAUUGCGCCUCGUAUUAUAUAUGUAUACACAUAUACAAUAAUUAUAUAAUUUGAUCAUAAAUUAUUAUGAUCUCAAUGUUGACUUUUUGAGAUUCAAUAUCAUUCGAUAUUUUAAAAGCUUUAUUAAUUUUUUUAUAGUUACAUAUAAACCAAUUUUUUAGAAUAAAUUGAAAAAAAUCUGACAAUGAUAUCUAUGUUCUUGGGUCGUUGUUUUUGAGUCGUGAGCCAAAUUGAUGGUAAAUUCGGAUUCAGCGACCCAAAAAGCAUAAGGCUAUCAUUAUCAGAACUUGAGUUUACGACACUUAUAAAAAAUUAAUAAAGCUUUUAAAAAUAUCAAAUGAUAUCGGGUCUCAAAAAAUCAACGUUGAGAUUAUAAUAAUUAAUUUGUAAUUAUUAUUAUCUAAUUAUUAGGAUUACAAUUUAAGCCUUCGGCAAACAGUAUGAUUUUUUAUGUCAAAUCGCAUAUGAGGCAUCUUAUUAUGUGUCCUAAUGGCUCGGAUGAUUGUCACCAAUCGUAAGCGAAUGAUACGUAAUAAGACGCCUCGUUCCGAUCUAGCAUGAAAAAUCGUAUCGUGUGCCGAAGGCUAGAUCAUAUAUAAUUUGUAUAAUAUAGGUAAUUUAAAUCAUAUUUAUGUGAAUAUACACACACACACACACACAAUAUAUUGAUUUUUUCAUUACUUUAUAAUAGAGCAAGUUUAUUUCUCGCAAUGUAGAUCGAAUCAUUUUAAUAAAUUUGAUUAUUUUAAAUAA